CAGCAACCCCACGGAUGGAUUUAGUCUGUGGCGAGCUUUCGAACGGUGCGGAUCUUCUCUCUUGGCCUAGUCGGUGGACCGAGGCUGUCGUCGUUUCAGCAGUGUAAAGUACAGAAAAGUGUCUUGGAGUGGUGGCGCGUGGAAGGAAUUCAAACGGGACUUGAAGGCCCCAAGGAAGAGGUCUUCUGGAUGGGUUUCUCUUGCUGUGCAGCAAACUAGCGCGUGACAAAUAGUGGCACAGACGAGCCGCGGGUGAAAGGCUGGAUUUGUAGUGCAAGGCUGUGUGGAUUAGUGGUUUAUGACCAGUAGGGUCAACGAUUGCUCGGGCUCUCGAUUGAAAGUGAGAUUCUGGAUUUGAAAAUUCACCGUGAAAGUCUGGCUAGAAAAGUGACAGUGGUGCUUUUUUUCUCUCCAACUCGGGAGCAGAGUUGUCUUGUCCAAGUGGACGCUGGACGCGAAGUUAUCUCCGCUGGUGGAGUGUAGUGGAGUGAAACCGAGUGGUGAAGUCGAGAAGAACUAGAGUAGGACGGAACGGCACGAAACCGUUAAGAUGCUGUCCGGACGAGGGUUUAUCGUUGGAGCACUGGCGAUCUGUGGUAUCGUGUCCAGCGUAGAUGCCCUCCAGGGAUAUUACGGCACCAAAAUCGGUGAUCUAACCCAGCUGCAUCAUGGAGUAUCAGGCUCAGUGUACGCCGUCGAUGCGCGAACCAUAUUUCUGAAGAAUUUCAAUUACGACGGUGAAGGCCCAGCUGCGUACUUCUACGUGGGAAACACUCGUGCACCCAGCAACAAAGGGGCCCACCGUUUGCGGGAUGAGCGCGGUCGUUCCGGGGUGCUGCGAAAGUACCGCAACGAAGACAUCACCCUGUCGCUGCCGGAGGGCAAAACCCUUCGGGACAUCCGGUGGUUCUCGAUUUGGUGCGACGAUUUUAGUGUCAACUUCGGCGAUGUCGUCAUUCGGAACGAUUUGGAUUUUCCUAGGCCGACCAAGAUCGGACAGUUGGGUGGAGUGCACGACGUCAGUUCGGACAACAUUGUGAUCGUCGAUGCGCAGACGCUGCUGAUACCGAACUUCAACUACGAUGGAGAAGCGCCAGACGCAAAAUUUUGGGUUGGCCGUGGCCCAAAGCCCACCUCUCAGGGUAUCCGAAUUCCAGACGAAAACGGCAAGGAAACACCGCUGCGUCGCUACGAUAAAAAGACAAUCGUCCUAACUCUACCCGGGGACCUGACCGUGUUCGACAUCGGACAUUUCGGCGUGUGGUGCGAAGCGUUCACCGUCGACUUCGGGCACGUACGCAUCCCGGACCAGGUCAACGUGCCUCCUUCGCUGAAGAUGCUGGGCAUCAGCCCCCAGUCCAAACUGAACUGCGAAGUGCUGCUGGAUGACCUGGCAUUCGAAGUGCGAUGGGCCGUCGCCGGCGAGAGCAUUGUAAUCCAACUGGUUGCCAAACUAGAGGAUGGCGAAUACAUGUCCUUCGGUGUGUCUCCGGAUCAUUCUCGCAGCGUGAUGGUGGGAGCUGAUGUUGCGGUCGUUUGGGUCGAUAAAGCAACCGGAAAGGGAUACGCGCAGGACUAUUACUUGGAUGCCAAAUCGCAGUGUUCGGGAACACGUGGAAGCUGUCCGGAUACAAGGAUCAACGAGAACAGUAGCUCAAUUCGUCUGUUGAACGCUGCUAUGGUGAAUGGUUAUUCGAUAGUGACUUAUCAACGACCACUACGGGCUUCAGAUCAUUUGGAUCUACCAAUUUUCACCAACGGAUCGCAAGCAAUCGUUUGGGCCAUUGGACCGCUAAACCAACGGUACGAGGUAUCAUUCCACUCACAGUAUUUGAAAAAUACCAAACAAGUUGACUUUGGGCGUCAACCGUACUGGAAUUGUCCAACUCCGGAAUCGGAUCAACAGAAGCAGCAUGAUAAUCCACAAAAGCUACAAAGCGUAGAACCCAAUCGUCGAGCUGAUUCCAUGAAACGACCAAAUGCGCCCGCCACAGCGCGUCCCCCUGCGAAGGCCGGUGCCUGGGAGAUUCCUCCAAUUCAAUGCUACGAGCCGGAAGAUGGAGUGUUCUAUGCUCAAAUGGGUCCCACUGGAGGAAAACAAGGCUAUCCAGCCAUCACCGGUCAUGUCGGAUGGGGAAUCUCGUGGUAUAUCAAUGGUCUUCUUAUUCCGGAAAUCAAUGUGGUAAGGGGCAAGACCUACACAUUUGUAGUCGAGGGAGGAAACGAUCCGGAAACACCCGCCAAGUACCAUCCAUUCUACAUCACCGAUGAUUCCGUUGGAGGCUACGAACACCAAGAGGAAGAUGUUCGGAAGAACAUUCGAAUCUUUGCUGGAGUUCAUCAAAACCGCAAUGGACAACUGAUGCCGACAGGCGUUGGUCGUAUCUGCAACUGGACUCCAAAUCCCGACGGUCCAUCGGCCGAUUCGUAUCCCUCGUUUGGUGCCUACCAAAGAAGUCUCACUUUGAAAUGUGACCCCGGAGAGCCUGGAGUCAUCACCUGGACGCCAGAUGCCGAUACUCCUGAUACAGUCUACUAUCAGUGCUUCACUCAUCGAUAUCUUGGAUGGCGCAUCAAUGUUCACGACUCGUGCGAUGUAGCCUCCUCAAGUGAAAUAGAUGAGGUCUUUGUUGAUCCCAGUGAUGAAAGCAUCAAUGCGGAACCUUCAAUCCGGCACGAAUCCAAACUACUUCCGUCGGAAACAUUUCUGGAGCAGCACGAAAAUUUUGUUCACAAGAAUGACAAAGAUGUGAUAAAAAAUCAUAAAAUGACUGCCGAUCAACCAACCGAGCAUUUCAAGUUGGACUUAGAAAAUGACCCAGAAAUGUCUAAAAUCAUUGAAGAAGGAAUCCGAGCUGCUGAAGACCUUGAAGAAAAACUCCGAAACAACCAGACUUACGUGAACCAAACCACCAAUGAACAACAACCUCUGUCCCAUGUGGAAAUUAUGCACCAUGGCAAGCCAAUUCUUACCUCAUCUGGUUUACCGGUCUAUCUCCGUCCUCCAAGCAACGGUCCAAUGUUCCGACCCGUGAAGCUUCCCAUGCGGCGUCCAAUCGCCGUUGAACGACGCCCCAUCAACGGUCGACCUUCCCGCCCAUACAACAUCCCACAGCCCUCGAUGAUCAUCAGCCAUUAUCAAAAACCAGUCAGCCCUCUGAUGCGACCUUUCAUGCCCAAAAGUAAGCUUCCCGUGAAAGCCAUAGCUCCAAUCCUACUUCUCGGAGAGCCAACGGAGAUCAAACCAUUCCGCAAAGCACCUCCACCGCCACCGCUAUCCCAACUACAAUCGAUGGCGCCUCAACCAAUCGAAAUGAUGCUGGUGAAGCCAAUGAAAACUGUACCCUACAUGGUCCCCGAUGUAUCGCCCCAUCUGACCAUGGGUCUCAAGAAAAUCGAACCAGCGCCGAUCACUCUACCGAUCCGUCUCACCAAGCGGCCGAUCAUGAAGGAACCACCCCAAAACGUGAAACCCAUCUUCAAAGCCCCCUAUGAUGUUCACGAAAACAAAACCCCGAUAGACCCUCAAUCGAGCACCGGAUUCGAACCCAGCUCCGUAGUGGUGGAAAGCGGUUUCAAGCCAAUCUACCGCCGAAACGGUAUGAUGAAUGCGGAGUACGACGAUCUACUGCGCCAUCACGGCGAUAUGAUCCAACGGCGGCAGGACUACGACAUUGACGAAGCCAUCGAAAGCGACGCACUGAUGAUCGGCAGCGGUGAACCACAAAGGCAGGCUUUCGAACCAAUGUUCAUUCCGUCGCCCUUGGACAGUAUGGCCUUGGCUCAGAAAUCGGCGGAAGUUGAAGAACGCAAAGCCGCUAUGGAACGGUUGACAGGGGACCUGAAGGAAAUGAACGUUGAGGAGGGUGAGGACAAAAUGGCAAUGCCCGACGACCGAGUUGACUCGUAUUACCUCCCACCGGCGACGCAAAAUGUAGUAAAGGUUUAUCCGGAGGGAUCUGUCGUGUCGUACGACGGAAAGGCUGUACUCGAUGUAUCGCUGUUGAACUCGCCAAGCAACGUUCGACAGGAAGCCAUAAAAUCGGUCUCGAAAACUGAGCAAUUCAUCAGAGACAAUCCUCAAUUCGGGCCAUUCCGUGGAGAAAUUCCUCCUAUUUCUGAUUACGUCGCACCGGACUCACAUCCAAUCUACGGAGUUCGUGGACCCAAUUCUGUGCAGUCGCCUGUUUCAGAGUACGCCAACCCCCUGGUCCCCGGUGGCAUUAAUGCGCACGACAACAAAGAUCUCAGCGUGAAACCUAUUUCCACGAAACUGUCCAUCAUCAAACCAGUCGAAGAACAGCCGGAAGAGUCCCGAAAGAAGCGUGAAGCUCAUCACCAUCCAGACCACCACGGAGAUAGUCACGAUGAUGGCUGGGAAGAGCAACGCAAAGGUGUCAGUAGUGCGUCAACCGCGGUGAUGGCCACCUUGUUUUCUGUAUUUGCACCUUUAGUAUUAUUCCGGAGAGCAGCGUGAAAUCCCCCCUUGGUAGCUCUCAGUGUUUCCCUCCUGAACACUAUGAUUUGGAUUAAGUAUUGUUAGUUAAGUUUUAUUUAAAAAAACACACGCACACCGGUGUAAAAGUGAGCUACAAAAUUGUGCUAGAAAUUUUACAAACAAACUGUAAAUAUCAGUAAAUAUGCCGUUUGAUGGCGUUCCACUCAGA